GGAGCCUCCAGUCUCCGCGUCCGCCAGGCAGCCGGAUCCGCGCGGGAAUUUCGCAAACGUGCCCUUGUGCUGACCCCCUCUGCUCGUCCCACAGCAAGCCGGUCGCGGUCCCAGACCCCAGAGGCUGUGCAGGAAGCCUACUCGGGCAGCGGUCAGCAGCUGGGCCCGCCGGAAGUCCCCAGAGCCGCGAGGACGCCCGCACUUGGACACCGGCGGCGCCCGGAAAUGGACGCGGACUGACUCCCCCGGCUUCCGUAGUCACCUCGGACGCCGGCUCGGAAGCCCGGACGGCGACUCGCGGCGGAUAAACACCGGGUGGAGCUCCCGCUUUGGCAGCCCUGGGGGCGAGUACCUCAAUUUCACUCUGGGGAACCUUUAAGUGAAACGUGGUUAAAAUCUUACACCUAGGAGAGACUAAUCAACAAUAAGUUUGAGAAGAAUGAUGUUGUCCUUAAACAAUCUUCAGAACAGCAUCUAUAACCCGAUGAUCCCCUAUGUGGGCACCAUUUCUGAGCAACUGGAUCCUGGAUCGUUAAUUGUAAUCCGUGGGCAUGUUCCUAGUGAUGCAGACAGAUUCCAGGUGGACUUACAGUGCGGCAGCAGCAUAAAACCUCGAGCUGACGUAGCUUUUCACUUCAACCCUCGUUUCAAAAGGACCAACUGCAUUGUUUGCAACACUCUGAUAAGUGAAAAAUGGGGAUGGGAAGAGAUCACCUAUGACAUGCCCUUCAAAAAGGAAAAAUCGUUUGAAAUUGUGAUUAUGGUACUGAAGGACAAAUUCCAGGUGGCUGUGAAUGGAAAACACAUUCUGCUCUAUGCCCACAGGAUCAGCCCAGAGAAAAUAGACACUCUGGGCAUUUAUGGCCAAGUGAAUGUCCACUCAGUGGGCUUUAGCUUCAGCCUGGAUUUACAGAAUACUCAGGCAUCUACUCUGGGACUGACACAGAUAAGUAGAGAAAAUGUACAAAAGUCUGGCAUUUCACAGCUUCCUAGUAAUAGAGAAGGAGACAUUUCUAAAAUCGUACCCAAAACUGUCUACACCAAGAGCAGAGAUCCGACUGCCAAUCACACUUUGACUUCCACCAAAAUACUACCUACCAACUCUUUGUCAAAGACUCUGCCAUUUGAAGCGAGGUUGAACUCCCCCAUGGGCCCUGGACGAACUGUUGUUGUGAAAGGAGAAGUGCAUGCAGACGCCAAAGGCUUUAAUGUUGAUCUAGUAUCAGGAAAAUCAAGGGAUAUCGCUCUACACUUGAACCCACGCCUGAAUAUUAAAGCAUUUGUAAGAAAUUCUUUCCUUCAGGAGGCCUGGGGAGAAGAAGAGAGAAAUAUUACCUGUUUCCCAUUUAGUCCUGGGAUGUACUUUGAGAUGAUAAUUUAUUGUGAUGUUAGAGAAUUCAAGGUUGCAGUAAAUGGCGUGCACAGCCUGGAGUACAAGCACAGAUUUAAAGAGCUUGGCCGCAUCGACAUGCUGGCCAUUGAUGGUGAUAUUCGCUUACUGGAAGUAAGGAGCUGGUAGCUGCCGCCACUGCUACAAAACCCAAAAUACAAAUGGCUUAUGUGAUUCUGGCCAUGUCAAACACAUCUGGCUGUCCCUGCAGUUUCUGUUGUUAAGUUGAGCUUGCACAGCACUAAGUCCUCCUGGAUGUUCUCAGUCUUUGCCAUGCUUUGUGGCUCCCUAGCACCAGAGGAGGAAACUGGGGCAACAGCAACUUGUAACAGUAGGGUGGCUCUGUUCUCUGCCCCUGGACUCCUCUUAAAACCACACUCAAGUAUUUAUUAAGUGCCUACUAUACUACAUCUGCUGAUAGGUACUGAGCAUAUCUUUUCUGUCAUCAGUGUGUUAGUAGCUGGGACAUGUGCAUGGUGGGCGCAGGACCUGCCUUCAGCCAUGUGCAGUCUUCUGAGGACACUAUGUACACCCAUCAGAGGUCCUUCAGGGCUAAGAGCUAUGCUCCUGUAAAACACUAGUUUACAGAAGCCACUACCCCUCCCCAGCAGUGGCUUCCAGUCAGUCCUGUCUUAGUCCAUGAUUGUGGACAGAUGCUAACUUUCAUCUGGCAAUUGAUUUUGAGCUUAAUGAACACCUAGCUGUCCUUGCUAAAGAAAGCUUUUCCAAAUAAUCGUUAUGACAUCUGAAUGCAAAAAAAAAGCAAAAAAAAGUCAAAGCAAAACAAAAAACAAAUGAUGCCGACUUUAGCUUGACGCCAGACUUCAGGUAGUCCACCUGUCUCUUGUCAAGAGCCAGAGUGCGCCUGUGGCAAGUCAGGUACAUGAGGACUGUAAAAUACCUGUGGGAGGCAGUGAAGGCGAGAUGAGACCCAGGGUAUUUAUAAAACAGGCAUUCCCAGAAGGCAGAAUCUACCUGUGAGAGACCAAUGAAUUAGGUAAAGGGAACAUAAAAAUGUUGUGUUGGCGUGCAAACCUGCACUCACCUUUGCUCUUCUAAAGAUUAGUCCAUCAUUAGCAACUGAGAUCAAAACCUUGUUCUGCUUCAGUGAUUAAAAUCAAACCUGUGUCAGCAAGUUCAA